AUGGGACUCGGUAAAUGCUUGGUUCGCAAGUUUUUCGGCCGAACGGACAACUGUUUCCUCGAUGAAUGCGAGCUGGAAGACCUGAUCAACCGGUUGUUGGUGAUAAAAGGCCUUCUUCUCGGCGGAUACACGGACGAACAGAGGAACAUGGAGCUACAGUCGAGACUACGAACUAUUGGAUAUAUGGGAGAGGAGGUGAGAGAGUUUGAGAUCGAAAUAUUUUGAAAUUCAAAAAAAUACGUCAUGAUGACAGAUUUUUGAAAUUACAUAAAACUUGGCUGAAUUGAAGGUCAUAGUGUUGUAAGCAAUUUUGAGGAAAUUUUAGAUCGCGUUAUGCAGAAACAACCUCGAUAUAAGGGUUUUAGAAGCAAAAAAUCUUGAUUUUCUUUGAAAAGCUUAAUAAAUGGUUAUUUUAUGUUGCAAGUAGGUCAAUAAUGAAUUCUAAGCGUUUUCUCUGACUUAUUUCGAGUAAAAAUCAAUUUUUUAAGCUAAAAACGGGAUUUUUUAAACUUUAAGCUGUUAUAUUUCAGUUGUUUCUGCAUAACGCGAUUUGAAAAUUUCACGAAAUUAUUCAGCAUUAUUUACAUUUAUUUGUGUCAAGUUUCAAAAAAAUCCAAAAAUUUUUUUCCAAUUCAAAAUCGAGAUUUUUAAAAAUUUUCCCCAAAAAAUCAAAAAAAAAUUUUUUUUUUUCAUUUUUUCAAUUUUACUUUUUCAGAACGUCCACGACAUGGAAGAGUACCUAGUCGAGCGAAUCGAAGACCUACUCAUCAAUUUCGACCUGGCCGAGCGACUCUCCUUCCUCCACGCGCAGCCCAGGAACUUCGUGUUGAAAGUGGCCGAAGACAUGGGAAUCGACCUCGACGAUGGCCUCAAAAACGCCGAGAGAACGCCGGACGGACGUCGCUCGGUGGAGGAGCGAUGCGCUCGAGGGGAAUUCGACUCAAUUUUCUAA